AAGCCUCUACCAUCAGGACCCACGAACACUGGAGGGAAAUGCAGAAGGAUUUCCAAACAAAUAAGGAAGAUAAAUGUCUGCAGCAUUAAAGACGCUGCCGUUUAAAAAACAGAUGGAAACACAGUGAACACAGUGGGGGUUUCCUGCAGCAGCUGCGGCAGAUCGCGGGCAGGAUGUCUUCAGGACCGCGGGGGGCCGGAGUCGGGGUGAAGCUUCUGAUUGGUGCUGGAGCUCUGGCGUAUGCUGUGAAGGAGGCCACAUACACAGUGGAAGGAGGUCAGAGGGCGAUCAUCUUCAACCGGAUCGGGGGCAUGCAGAUGGACACGGUGCUCUCAGAGGGACUCCACUUCAGGAUACCCUGGUUCCAGUAUCCCAUCAUCUACGACAUCAGAGCCCGGCCCAGAAAGAUCUCCUCGCUCACUGGAAGCAAAGAUCUGCAGAUGGUCAGCGUCUCCCUGCGAGUUCUGUCCCGGCCGCUGGCCUCCAACCUGCCCGUCCUCUACCAGCAGCUGGGACAGGACUACGACGAGCGCGUCCUGCCCUCCAUCGUCAACGAGGUGCUGAAGAGCGUGGUGGCAAAGUUCAACGCCUCGCAGCUCAUCACUCAGAGAGCGCAGGUUUCCAUGCUGAUCCGCAGAGACCUGUUUGAGCGGGCCAAAGACUUCAACAUCAUCCUGGACGACGUGGCCAUCACCGAGCUCAGCUUCAGCCGCGAGUACACGGCCGCCGUGGAGGCCAAACAAGUCGCCCAGCAGGAGGCGCAGCGAGCGCAGUUUUACGUUGAGAAGGCCAAACAGGACCAGAGGCAGAAGAUCAUCCAGGCCGAAGGAGAAGCUCAGGCCGCCAAGAUGCUGGGCGAGGCCGUGACCAAGAAUCCGGGUUACCUGAAACUCAGGAAGAUCCGAGCAGCGCAGAACAUCGCCAAGACGGUGGCGCAGUCCCAAAACAAAGUGUACCUGAGUGCCGACAGCCUGGUGCUGAACCUGCAGGACAGCAAGAGCUUCAAUUUGUCGCUCUCAAAGAAGUAAGAAGCUGCUUCUCAUCAUUCCUUCAGUUCUCCCUCCUCCGGUCUCCCUCGUUCCUCGCCCUCCGGUUCACCUGUGACUCGCUCACACCUCCAAGACAGGAAGCUUCCUCUGGUCGUAGCCGUGGACAUUUCCAGUCUUUGCUCCUUUUUUGUAGAAUGAGGUAGUUCCUCUCUGAUGCAGCCUUCUGCUGUUUGGAGGAACUUCCUCUCCACAGACAGACUCACAAACACUUUUCAUUAGCACACUUUAAUUUCUGCAUCACCUGUCGUACAGUAACAGCAGCUUCACGCUCCCGGGCCUCAGUGACCUCACUGAGAGGUUAUUCCAGGUGUCACAGCCACAGCUUUGGAAGUUAUUGAUACCAACACCCGCAGAUGUGCUCGGUCGCUGCAGAAGAAGAUGCUCCUUCAACCUGCUGGUAGUGCAGGCUGUGUGCAGUCGGACUGCAGGUGAAGGUAGAAUAAACCCACCUGUGCUUGUUGACACAGGUGAGCACACCUGCCAGCUCAGAGGCUUCGUCCUCGGCAGGUCGGAGCUGCAGCAGCGUUGGUGUUGUAAGCAUCUCAUUCAGAAUAAAAGCUCAUGCUGCUGAGUCACCAUCGUUAAUGCCAGCAGUGUUUCUGUCAGCCUCUAACUCCACUGUUUGUCCUCUGACUCAUGUUUAAGCACUUACAGAAAUUAUUGAAUAAAUAUGAAGUUCUUUGGAGA